AAGUGGGCGGGGCCUAGGUGCACACAGGCCAAAGCUAGCUCCUCUAAUUUCCCUGGCAAAUGUUGUCACCACAACCAGUCAAUUUUCUCUCCUCCUCCUCGUCCUCGUCCUCCGCCUCCUCCCAUUCCUCUUCCACUCCUCGCCCUCCGUCCUCCAUCCCUCCCUCACUCACUCACUCCCUGCCUGUGUGUCAGAAGUCCCACGUAUCCCAGGAGGAUAAGAUGCCAUGGAGGCCUCAGGAAGAACAGCUCUAUGCGUGUGCUCUGUCCUGUUCAUCCUCACAGAGGUCAGCGCUGAUUUCAUCUACAUACCUUCAUUAGUCCGUCACGGCGUUGAAGGGAAGUCCCUGCUUCUGGCUGUGGAGACUCGCUUUCCACUGGACAAAGCAGACAUCCAGGGAACUUGGUCCCACACCAGGUCGAGCGGCACCAGGACCACGUUGGUGACAUUUACCAAAAGGGACGCGAUCACUGACAUGAUGUACCGCGACAACCUCUUCUUUAAAGUGCCAAAUAUUUCUUUGGCAAUCCAUAAAUUACACCGUGACGAUGAAGGGGAUUAUCAUCUGAGUCUCAACAUAGAGUUUCACAACAACACAGGCCGGGUGAUCAAGGAGGAGAGAAAUGUGCGGGUGACAGUGGACGUCCCUGUGUCCAGUCCCGUCAUUGCAAAGAGCCCAACCUAUGCAGUUGUUGAGGACAAGGCCAAUGUGACCUUGACUUGCUCUGUGGAGAGAGGAACACGCGUUGCAUUCCAGUGGAUGAGGGACAACGUCCUGCUGGGCACCAGUACCAGAUAUCACUUCUCAAAAGGCAACGCUACAUUGUUAAUUAGCCCCGUGAGGAAAGAAGACAAAGGAAGUUACCGCUGUGUGGCCAGCAACCCGGUCAGCCCGGGCCGACCCAGCAGAGGCCUGGAACUCAAUGUUUACUAUGGGCCGUACAAUCUGGAGGUGAACUCAGGCCAGGGCCUGCGGACAGGAGAGGUGUUCACCAUCAACCCCGGAGAGCUGGCCUUCUUUGAAUGCCAGGCAGACUCCAACCCGCCCAACAGCUAUGUCUGGAUCUCCAAGAGCCACAAUUCCACCCAGGUCAUCACCGAGGGCCCGCGGCUAGAGGUGCUGUCCUACAGACUGGCACAGCCUGAGGAGUACCUGUGUCGUGCCUUCAACAACGUGACGCAGAAGCAGAACGAGGCCCAGUUCACUCUGGUGGUCGCCGGCUUAGGAACAGGCAAAGAGAAACACACCCAGGGCGGCGACAGUGUGUCUCCACUGGCGGUAAUAAUUGUCUGCUCGUUGUUCAUCAUUGGCUGCAUGCUGUUGUUCUUCCUCAGGAGAAACUGCCAUCCCAAAGGAGUACUUAUGAGCAUUUACAACAGACCGCUGACCGAGCAGAAAAGACCUCAUCGUUCAGGUCAUGAGGAUGCAACAGAAGACUUUGGCAUCUACGAGUUUGUCUCCAUACCAGGGAAAAUGGACUCUGCACAGGUAUCAUGCAGAUCUCUGGCCCGCCUCGAGUCCGUUCAGGAUAUGCACACCACCAUUUACGAUGUGAUCCGACAUGUUCCCGAAAGCCCCAGUCACAGUUUGCUGAAGUGAUUCGCCGCUGGGGAGCGGAAAUGUUGCCGUAUGGUCAUUUCACUUGAAGACUCUUGUGUAGCUUUAUUCCACUUAGUCUCUGUUUUCAAAGACUGAAACACUGUUUUUUUUGUGGCCCACUUGUUUGCAAACGGGAUGAAGGAAACGAAGGCGACUACACAACCUGAUCGUGCACUGCUAUUGUCCAGAGUUUGGGACAGAUUUUGAAUAACUUGACAAUGUUUGUAUGAAUGGCUUGUUUUUUUUGUUUUUUUUUAUGUGAGAGGAUAACUGAUGUUGAAACGGCUCGGCUUUUUCAAUUCAAAAAUAAUCCUAUUAAACAGAUUAGCGGUAGCCGUCUUUCUUUUAGUUACCCACUUACACUUAAAUUAUUAUGUAACAUAAAAGUUGAAUUCUAAAUGAAUUGCGUUUAACAUUUCCUUUCAAAGAGAGUGUUAUGAAGAAUGGAUUUUCUUGUAUUAAAUAAAUUUAGGUUGAAUGUACUGUAUAUAUUGUACAUGGAUGACACCGCAGAUUCUUUAUACGUAUUAUUCUACUGUAUGUUAUUUUUGCUGAAAUCUAUUUAUUCCGACAGGAACUCAGUCUCAUCAAAUGUAGCAUUUUGUUCUGCUCAACCGUGACACAGUGAAAUGCUGAAACAGUCUUAAAUUCUUAAAUUAUUGUACAGUUUGCAUUCACACGUUUGUUUUUGUACUUUAUUAAAGAUACUGUUUUACUUUGUUUGCCAACAAUCAGAUGAAGACAAUGCA